GCGCAUUUUGUUGUCUUUGUACAGAGAAGAGUGGAGUCUGAUCACGCAUUUGUGUGUCUUCCCUCUUCCCCGAAUCCUCUUAAAAUUCCCUCCCGAACCUUUCCCCUUCUACCCUCUAAACCCUACCCCUCCCCUGAACACAUUGCCAGGGUUGGAAUAGGUUUAACAUUGGUGACCAAAGAACAUAAAGCGGAACCAGGUAGAUCUCUAAAGCACAGGGAUGGACUCUGGUGUGAUUGAAGGUGGACUCAAUGUCACACUCACCAUCAGGCUGCUCAUGCAUGGGAAGGAGGUUGGCAGCAUUAUUGGGAAGAAAGGUGAAUCGGUGAAGAAGAUGCGAGAAGAGAGUGGCGCUCGCAUCAACAUCUCUGAAGGGAACUGCCCGGAGAGAAUCAUCACCCUGGCUGGUCCCACAACUGCCAUCUUCAAAGCCUUCUCCAUGAUCAUUGACAAACUGGAAGAGGACAUCAGCAGCUCCAUGUCCAAUAGUACGGCCACGUCUAAGCCUCCGGUCACUCUGCGCAUUGUCGUCCCUGCUAGUCAGUGUGGCUCUCUCAUUGGCAAGGGUGGCUGCAAGAUCAAAGAGAUCAGGGAGUCAACCGGAGCUCAGGUACAGGUGGCAGGGGACAUGCUGCCUAACUCUACUGAAAGAGCCAUCACCAUUGCUGGGACACCGCUAUCCAUCAUUGAGUGUGUCAAACAGAUCUGCGUAGUUAUGCUGGAGUCUCCUCCCAAAGGUGUCACCAUACCGUAUCGACCCAAACCCUCAGGUUCGCCUGUUAUCUUCGCUGGAGGACAGGCAUAUGCGGUUCAGGGACAGCAUGCCAUUCCUCAGCCUGAUCUCACUAAACUUCACCAGUUGGCAAUGCAGCAGAGUCCAUUUCCUUUGGCUCCUAGUGGCCAAGGCUUUACUGCUGGGAUGGAUGCCACUGCUCAGACUGGCUCUCAUGAACUGACCAUUCCAAAUGAUUUGAUUGGCUGCAUCAUUGGCCGCCAAGGUGCCAAGAUAAAUGAGAUUCGUCAGAUGUCUGGAGCACAAAUUAAGAUCGCCAACCCUGUUGAGGGCUCCAGUGACCGCCAAGUUACCAUCACCGGUUCCCCUGCCAGCAUCAGCCUGGCUGAAUACCUCAUCAAUGCUAGGCUCUCGUCUGAGGCAACAGGACUGGCUGCAAAUUGAUCUCCUCGUAUGUUGCAUCUCCAUUUGCCAGUUACCCCCACCCCUCAACUUCACACAUGUGCACACUCAAAAUAAUAAAAAAAACCCCAGAAAAACAGCAACCAAGUAUUCUCAACCUAGCUUUUGUCCUCAUCCACCCAAGAUGUGCUUCAUAAAUAUAUGCUUCAUGAAUAUAUUUUCUGGAAGUAAAUAUGCAUAGGUAUUUUAUUUAUUUAUUUCAUGGACAUGUUUUUAAAAUCCCUUUGCGUAUAGUUUUUUAACGUUUUGAUUUUCAAUGUAUAUCCUGUUGUACACAUUAACAUUUGAAAGUAAUGGGGAAAAUCUGAAAAGCAAAUAUUGAGGUUUUUGUUGUCAGAUUUUUCUUACAAAACAUGUAGAAAAAAAACUAAUAAAAAACAGUAACUAGUGAUAAAUUCACAGCUUUUUCCCUGUACCAUACAAAUUUGUCUAUUUAUUUUAAUUUAUAUCUAGAAAACUGCAAAUAUUUGGGGUCUGGAUGAAUUUGAGCAGACGAGCUCAUCGCCUGUUAACUGGUUUUUGUUUUUCUUUUUGUCACAAGUUGUGGGGUGUUUCAGUGGGUUUAAGACUGCAGUGGUUUUGUUGAUUUGUUGGUCAAAUAUUGUCAUUCCUGUAUGUUUUAUAUUGUUAUUUUUCCGCAGAAGUUGAAGGCCGUUUUGAUAGAGGGAUGGGCAAGAGUGUCUCACGUUUCUGAUUAAAUUGAUAAAUAUUCCUGAUAUAAUAAUGAGUUGCAAAUAUUUCUUUUAAACAGAGAGAAUAUUUUUUUUAACCUGUUGGGGUGGGGAGCCUGCAAAGGAUUCCAAACUGACUCAUUUGUUUAUAUAGAGCAACUGAUUAAUCAACUAGAAGGUUCAUUCUAGAAGUAACACUAGUUUUCUCUUUUCUCUAUUUGCUUGGUUUAAAAUUUUUAUUUUGUAAAGGAGAACCUAAACCUUUUUUGUGCACGUUUUCAGAAUAUUGUAGAGUUGAAGUGCAACAGGAAUGAAGAAUUAUAAAUGCAAAUUAAAAUGAUGUGAAAUGCUCAAUCUA